AUGGAAAUGUCGCAAGAGGCUCAGCCAUGCAGAUCUUUUGCAGAGUGCAUGUCGGCCUUUGAGGAUUUCGAGCGAAAGACGGAGGGAAUUUUCACUAUCGAGCUCAGCGGCCUAGAAAGUCUACUCAACACAAUACGUGCCACACUCGAUGAGGCAGCGACAAAGAAAGCGGCUGUCUGGCUCCAGCAAUGGACCUACAUAUGUACUAGCUCAUCAUACUUCGAGCAAAGCGUUGACGGCGAUGCAUCUUUGCCUCAAGCGGAAGCACAUUUCUUACCAGACGACCUGCCUCCGUGUACAUGCCACCACGCGUCGGACCUGAUAAUCGAUGGUCUGCAAGACAGAAUCGCAGAUCAGCUGCUGUCUACGAUGGAAGCAUUUUGGAAGAACAGGCCAUCCGACCUCGAAGAGCUGAAACUGGUGAGGGAGAAGCUAGAGGAAGAGAUAAUUUGUUUCAAAAAACUAAGUGCGAAUCAUGCAAAGAUUUCACGCGCGCUUGAAGACGCGGAGCGAAAAACAGAACAUCUAGAGGUUAGGUUAGCAGCUUCCGAGAGGGACACCACAGAUAAAGAGAGACUUGUGAGCGACAGGUACCGCGAACUUGAGAGAGGUUUCUACGACAAGGUACAGAAAUUGGUUGAAAGCCAGGCUUGCUGA